GAUGAGUAAAUACGGUGUGCUUUAUGUACUAAUAAUAAUGAUAAUUGAAACAAUUAUGUAUUCUGUUAUUGUUGGAUUUGAUAACUUUAUUCGUGAUGAUGAAAAACCGCGGUAUCCAUCUCUUGGUGAUUCUGAUUUAAUUCUAAAUCGAGAUGCCUGUUACAAAAAAUGCGACCAAAUCUAUGACAAAUUCUCGUCAUCAACCUCAAAAUCUAGAUGGAAAAGAUGCAGACAAGUGUGCAGAGAAUUAGAGGAAAAACUUAUAGAGAAUAUUUGGGGGACGAAGGAACAUAAUAAAAAAAGCUUUAUUCGUGAUAAUGAAAAAGUGUGGGUUCUAAGUGUUGAUGAUGCCUACAAUCUUGAAACAUGUCAAAGAAAAUGCAAUGAAGCCUAUGACACAUCAUCGAAAAAAUCAAGAAAUAGAUUAUAUGAAUGCAAAAAGUUGUGCAAAAGCCUAAAUCAGUAUAUAGAAUGGUGCAGGGAGCGAUGUCAUAGGGAUGAAGAUACAUAUAAGAAAUGCAUAGAACAAAGGACUAAAGAUAUAAAUCAUUUUUUUUUAGUUUUUGACUAAAGCUAUACAUGAAGAUCCAAUUCAUCAGAGA